AUGGGUUACCUCCCUGUCAAGCAGCACAGUACAUUUAAACAAAAACCCCUGGACGUCUACCUUGGACUGCUGCUGCUGCUGCUGCUGAAGAAUGUGAUGCACAACCAAAGUUUAAUGCCACAUUGUCAUGCGAGGACAGACGAUGGCAGUUUUCCCAACUUCACAUCUGACCCAGGAUCUCCUUUCUUUUUCAAGGUCCCUUCUCCUGAAACCCUGGGACUCAAACAGCACUAUCAGCUUACACUGGCGGAUGGUGGCAGCACUUUGCCACACUGGAUGGUUUUUAAGCAACAGAGUCACACUCUAGCUGGCUUAGCUCUGCUCGAGGACUGCGGGAUGUACCACUUAAAAGUGUCUGUGACUGUUGAGCAGUGCGUUGGACACUUCUACCUGCACAUCCUUAACAAAACCAUGAGUGGUGAGAGCCAAGCCAGAAAUACUCUGUCCUGUCCUGAGGGGGAAAUUACUACAUGGGCUAACCUUCUCCUUCUGCUGAAUCCCGUCACUCUUGACGCCAGCCAGCGUCUUUGUUUGGUCAGCACCUUGGCCGGACACCUCCACCUUCCUGUGGGCUCGGUUUUCCUGUUUUCAAGAAGAAGUUCCCUCAAACAACAACAAAACAAGCUUGGGGUUUGGGGACAAAGUGGGCUUGCUGAGAUGUCUCCAGAUGUCUCAGGAGAUGUUGCUGAACUCCUGUGGCCUGUCUGCUGUCCAGGAGAGAGAAGACCUGAUUUUACCCAAACACUGGAACACGGCAUGAAGAUGGAGGAGUUGGCAAGGCUGCUGGAAGCUACCAUUUUGGAAUGGAAGGGGGUUUGUGAAGAACAAAUGCACACAGAGGGUUCAACAGGAAGUGCUGUAAACUAUCAAAACGGGCAGCCUUUACUGCAGCCCUCAAACACACUGGCUGCUAGUUUCCCACUUGCAUUGGAGAAGAUUCUGGCAUGGCAUGCUUUUCAGACGCCGAUCUACCACUCGGACGUAAACCCAGAGGUACCGGGAGUUACGAAAACAGAUUAUAUGCAGGAAAUACAAGGAUCUUCAAUCUGUGGUCAUCCAAACUGGUUUCCACUUCACCGUUCAGAGCCAACUGGGUUUUCUGCCUCCAAAGCAGCAACUGGCUGUUGCGAGCAAGUAACGGCACAUACUUCAGAGUAUUUCUGGACCGCAGACUUUUCGUCACCACCAUCUGUGGUCUUAACAUCGUCCACACUGCACACUACUAUUUACUCCUCACUGCCAGUGACCCCGGCCAUUUACAGUGACACUUCCACUCUGACACAUGAGGCCGUCGACGGGCCAUCGCAGGCCACUUGUCUGACCUUUGGACCUCAUCUGAAGGAAACCACCCGGUGGACUGAAUACUACAGAGCCAGCCACACUGACUCAGAAAGACGGCCCACUGUGAGCUCACUGGGUCACUUCAUCUUUAGCCAAGAACCUACAAAAGACCUCGACUCAGCGCUCCACAUAAUCCCGUCUGUUUCUCAUCGGUCACCUCUGACAGAGAAACAUAAUGAUGUCCUGCUGCUUGGCUCCAGAUUAAAGACAACUCAGACACCACAGAGGACUCGGCUGUUUCCAAAUGAGCAACUGUCGAUACAUCAGCGAACGGAGACGAUUGAACAUCUGCUGGCAGCUUCACCCGUGAUGAGUCAGGACGCGAUGUCAGCAACCACAUUAACGCGUCACCUGACACUGUCUGGACAAAUUGAACUGGAGUUUACACCAGCGGUACCUUCUGAACCUUUGAGUGGACGACUUGACACGUCAUAUACAACAAACCCACUAUUUAGUGUCGAGUUUCUGAACUCAUCACCAUCUUUCGGCUCAGUGUUGCAGACCUCCACACGUUGUCACGACGCCUCUUCGAGUCUUCAAAGCAGAGAUGUGAUGGACUUUCAGUCGAACUCUGUCACAGACGUUAAUUGUGAAACACAGACAGUCAUUUCAGGCAUUUCACCGACACCAGUAACACCAGCGCAAAUGAGCUUCUCUUUUACCCCCCAAAUAACUUCAAUCCCAUUGAGCACAUUAAAGGGCCAGUCCUUUGAAGACCAAACAUCUGUCAGAUCCAGUCAUGAAAGUAUGCCAUUCAUGCCGUCAUUGAAACAGACUACUGUGCCAACACUGCAGCUUGAGCAGUCCCAGCACAUUCAUAACUCCUCCAACAUAUUCUUUACUCGCGCAAUAACAAGCAGCGUGUAUUUAAAUGCAACAACUACUAAAAUAGACCCAAGCUUGAUAUUGCAGGAUGAUCCAACUCAUCCUGCAGUAUCCAAGAGCAAUGGAUCAGUGUCUGGGCUCAAUUCUGGUCCAACUGCUCCCUCUACUGCUCAAGAGCCGUACCCUGCGUCUUCCAUUCAUUUAUUACAGAGUCUGGAGCCUUCAUUCCCAUCGUGUGGCCAGGAUCAUGUGUAUGUUAGUGAUUGCACCCCACCUAUUCCCAGCACCUACCUCGAGAGCUCAUCGGAUCAUGUUCUUACCUUUACAGCAAGUUUCCCUCCAACUGAGAUCUACCGGACUGCUUCUCCAUCGCAGAUUUUAUCAUUUGAUUUAAAUGGAAAAGUCUUUUCUACAAUUCCAAUGCCUACCACCAACCUCUUCUCAGAUAGUAGCAUCUCCAUGAUAACGUACACACCGUUAAUUGGCGUUGGCCUUUCCUCAGCUACAAGACAAAGCUCAGUUGGGCCACCACAGUCUUCAUCUUUUAUGUCAGAUUCCUUGAAUCUUCCACCCAAAGUGCUGCAGUCCAUUCCAGUGCUCAUGGCCACUGUUGGCUUCCCCUUUCUCUACUCGAUCCCUUCUAAAACCUUUCUAGAUCCAGAAGAUGGUGAAGCAGAUGCACUCUCCCUGGAGAUCAGACUGACUGACGGGCCUCCCCUCAGUGUUGGGACGUGGUUGGCUCUGGAUGGUCUGGAUCUUCACGGGGUUCCUCUGGAGGUGGACAUGAAGUUUGCUCCACAGCACCUCCUCCUGGUUGCCCGGGACAGACAGGGUCUGAGCACCAUGCUGCCAAUGACUCUGGAUCUGCAGCACAGGCCAGUUGAACCAUGUCACUUUUUCACCAUGACAGCAAAACGCAGCCUCCACUCCAUCCUCCGUCAUCGCCACCUUGUGGACGACCUGCUGUGGAAACUGUCUGGUUACUUUAACAGCUCCCACAGCCACCACCUUUCUGUUGUUUCCAUGACUCCUGGGUCCACAGUGAUUUCAUGGUACAACCACACCUUUUGUGAAAUGGGGCAAAUCAAGAGAACACAUUGCAAUGUUGAUCAAAUAAACAGUAUGUGGUUGGCAAUGGUGUCUACAGGUGGAUUGGUCAACCUUAAAUUCAGAGAAGCAAUGCUUCCAGAGUUUCCCAUCACUAAAGUUGGACCUGUGAGCUACAGACAGGACUGUUUUACUGCAUCUCCCCCUCCCACAUUUGGCAGUUAUACCACUGCUGACUACACCACUAUGAAUCCAGGUUCAGGCACCAAUACUUCCCUCUGUCCCACCUCUAACUCAUCUGCAUCUACGUCCAUCACCCCCAACUCACAGCAGACCAACUCUUAUCAGUGGAUGGCUGCUAUGUUUACAGCUCUCCUCAUCGUCUGCCUACUCAUCCUAAUCAUCCUCCUCGUUGCCGUAGCUCUUUACUUCUGCAAAGGUUCUGGAAGGUCAAGAACAGUCACCACUUGGCCUUUAAACCGCCAGCUGUCGGUUCACAGCAGAGAUCUAAGGGCCAUUGGUCCAAGGCGGCCUCCACUGAGACUCUGGAUCAAUCUCACACAAGAUGAUGAGAGGCCACUGUCAGUUGAGAAAGGACCAAACAUGCGCGACAAAGCCCUGCGGCCCCGUCCUCCAUAUUAUGAUUUCUCAGCUAUAUAGUCAAAACAAACGAAACAGAAAAAUCCUCAUGUUUGUACAAACAGAAUCUCACUGUUCCAGUCCCGCAAAUGCAAAUGGUUGAUAUAGAAUUAUGCACUCAAGUGACCCAAAAAUAUCUUUCAACAUAAUUUAUCCAAAAGCAAAAGUUCUCUA